AUGCAGUUUCGCCUGUUCUCAUUUGCGCUGAUUGUGUUGAACUGUGUGGACUACAGCCACUGUCAGACGCAGCAGUCCCACCGCUGGAGAAGAAACAAAAGAGCUAGCUAUGGAGCUUACCCCAUCUGUAAAGGCUGCUCGGUGUGUUCCAAGGACAACGGGUGCAUGAACUGUCAGCCCAAGCUCUUCCUGUUCCUGAGGAGGGAGAGGAUGAGGCAGUACGGCGAAUGUCUUCACGCCUGUCCGUCAGGCUACUACGGCAUGCGAGGGACAGAGAUCAACAUGUGCUCCAGGUGCAGGAUAGAUGAUUGUGAGGCCUGCUUCAGCAAAGACUUCUGCACAAAGUGCAAGCUUGGUUUUUACUUGCACAAGGGUCGUUGCUUUGAAAAGUGUCCGGAGGGCUUUGCUCCCCUAGAAGACACCAUGGAGUGUGGAGAGGGUUGUGAAGUGGGCCAGUGGAGUGAAUGGGGGACCUGCGCCAGAAGAAACAAAACCUGUGGUUUCAAGUGGGGUCUGGAAACCAGAACAAGGCAUAUUGUGAAGAAGCCACCAAAGGACACAAUACCAUGUCCAACCAUCGCUGAAUCUAGGAGGUGCAAGAUGGCAAUGCGACACUGCAGAAAAGGAGGUUCGGGGAAAGGCCACCGGACCAAAGACCAGAAGAAAAAAUCCAACAAGCAGAGGCUGCGCUUGCGGGCUCAGAACCAACACAGCGACCACCUCGCCUCCAUUCGGGCAGGCCAGUAAAAAAUA